AUGUCCCGAAUAUUGAAUCACGAUGUAGAGAAAAGGGCUGGCGAGCCAGAUUCUGCGCUUUUCGAUGAUACGACUGGCGCCGUACCGGCAACAAGUUUUGAAUAUGGUGACUCAGUCUAUGCAAAAUUGCAACGACUAGUAGGAAAGAUCAAAGUCGAACAGAGAGGAAUUGAGCGGGUCCCGGAGGAUGAAAGAUAUGACAAUUCGUAUUGGAAUAUUGGCUCAAUGUGGCUCGCGGCGAACAUGGUAGUCCCUUCAUUUACAAUUGGAGUCUUGGGCAGGCCACUCUUUGCGCUGGGAUUUGUGGACUCAGUUUUAGCCAUUAUCUUCUUCAAUUUCAUCGCCGUAUUCACGGUUUGUUUCUUCUCCACAUUCGGCGCCGCGUUUGGCCUGCGACAGAUGGUUCUAUCGCGAUUUUGGUUCGGUUGGUGGGGGGUGAAGCUAAUCGCAUUAUUCAAUGUUUUAGCCUGUAUUGGAUGGGCAGCGGCAAAUAUCAUAGUCGGUGCGCAAUUGAUCAAUGCAGUGAACCCAGAUGUCCCUGGUUAUGCUGGAAUCCUGAUUAUCGCAUUCUGCACACUUCUCGUUGUUUUCUUCGGCUACCAAGUCAUCCAUGCCUAUGAAUAUUGGAGUUGGAUCCCGACAUUCAUUGUCUUCCUUGUUGUUCUCGGCGUUCUAGCCCAUUCCGGGGACUUUGUGAAUAUUCCAAUGGGCUCGGGUAAGGCAGAGCUUGGAGCGAUUUUAUCUUAUGGAUCCACCGUCUUUGGCUUCGGCACAGGAUAUACUAGCUUUGCGGCAGACUAUACAGUUUAUCAACCCAGCAACCGUCCUCGCCGAAAAGUGUUCCUUGCCACCUGGUUGGGCAUCUUCCCAACUCUGCUCUUUACAGAGAUUCUUGGUGCAGCGCUUGCAACCACCACCUCAAUUAAUGGAGGCGACAAUGCAUAUCAACGAGGGUACGACGAUUCAGGCGUUGGUGGCCUACUCGGUGCCCUUCUCUUCCCCAGAGUAGGAGGCUUUGGCAAAUUUUGUGUGAUAAUCCUCGCAUUGUCCAUUGUUGCUAAUAAUUGCCCCAACAUUUAUUCCGUCUCCCUAACUCUAAUGGUCAUGGGAAGAUGGACGCGUCACAUUCCACGUUUUGUUUGGGUUAUUGUUGCAACUGCCGUCUACAUCGCCAUUGCGAUCCCAGGAUAUAGCAAUUUCGAGGCAGUCUUGGAAAAUUUUAUGCACUUCAUCGGAUAUUGGUUAGCAAUCUAUGAAGGAAUCGCGUUAACCGAGCAUUUCGUCUUUAAACGUGGAUUUUCUGGAUACCGUCCUGAAGACUAUGAUUCACGUGAAGCUCUUCCUCCGGGGAUUGCAGCCCUUCUCGCAUUCUGCUGUGGUGUUGUGGGAAUGGUGACUGGAAUGAGUCAGUCGUGUACACGUGUUCCUGAAAAAUCUUCGUAUACUUAUCAACUCGGCGACCUCGCUAUACUGCUAUCCAAAGAACCGUCGUUCUUUGCUACGGGCUAUGCACAUAGAAUCUUUGUUGAUGAACGACAAACUUACGCACUAUACGGGAUUAAGGAACGAAAAGAAACCGUUCUCACGAGUUUCGAGUGGAUGAACGACCCUCGAGUAUAUCAUGAGAAAAGCCCCAAGGAUCUUCUAAUUGACCUGCUUUUGGGCCUUCCUUCAAUUUAUGCAGAGAUUGAUCGAAUGAAGGUGGAUCUAGUCGCGAAUAAAGUCCAGUAUCUCCUCAAUAUUGAGAUGAGAUUGUGCAAAGUAGUCAAGGGUUUUUCGACGUGGAGUCUCAAGUUCGGACACAACGCUGAACCUUUCAAAAAGAUUGGAAGUCACCGAGAGCCCCUUCAGUCAAAAUGA